AUGCCGGUCCGGAUCAUGUGCACCAUCUCCUUUUCCCCCGACGACGAGCCCGGCAGAGGGUUCGGUCAAGACGGCUUUGGCGACCACUACAAGCGGGUGAAGAAGCGUUACGGCGACGGGGACUCGCAGGACUACCUGGAUGGGCGCAGUCAGGCGGACGAUUACAAUGACGAGGAGGACAACGUCAGCGAGGUGGACGACCUCGCCGCUUUCUUCGACGGCUGCUCGCUCCAUGGCGCCAACCACGUGUUUGUGGAGAACAAGAAGUUCGGUGUUCGCCAGUGUUUGUGGGCGGUGGUCUUCACCAUGGCCCUGUCCGCUUUCUUGUUCCAGGUGGUGGACAGGAUCAUGUACUACUACCAAUAUGAUUACAUCACCAUGCUGGAUGAGAAUGUGGCCAAAAACAUGAGCUUUCCGGCUGUCACCAUGUGUAACUACAACUUUGUGAGGAAGUCUCAGAUGAGCUACACCGACCUGAUUUUCAUGGGCCCUCUGCUGGGCUUCGAAGAAGGCAUGGCACCGGGGUUUCCGCUCGCCCCAGAGCCGGAGCGCCGGCCGGGCUCCCGUUUCAGCCUGGAUGAGUUCUACAACCGCACCCGACACCGUAUAGAGGACAUUCUGCUGGAGUGUACCUUCAGAGGCCUCGAGUGUGGCCCCGAGAACUUCAGAGAGAUAUUCACGCGCUAUGGGAAGUGCUACACCUUUAAUUCAGGCCAAGAUGGACAUCCCGUCAUGGUGACGAUGAAAGGUGGGAUGGGCAACGGCCUCGAACUGAUGUUGGAUAUCCAGCAGGAUGAGUACUUGCCUGUAUGGGGAGAGACUGACGAGACAUCAUUUGAGGCGGGGAUCAAAGUUCAGAUCCACACCCAGGAGGAGCCGCCGUUCAUAGACCAGCUGGGCUUUGGAGUGGCGCCGGGGUUUCAGACCUUUGUCUCCUGUCAGGAACAACGGCUGACCUACCUGCCUCCGCCGUGGGGGGACUGCAAGGCCACGGCGAUGGACUCAGACUUCUUCAGCAGCUACAGCAUCACGGCCUGCCGUAUCGACUGUGAGACGCGAUACCUGGUGGAGAACUGCAACUGCAGGAUGGUCCACAUGCCCGGAGAUGCCCCAUACUGCACCCCGGAGCAGUACAAGGAGUGUGCAGAUCCAGCCUUGGACUUUCUCGUCGAGAGAGACAAUGACUACUGCGUGUGCGAGACGCCGUGCAACAUGACGCGCUUCGGUAAAGAGAUGUCCUUUGUCAAGAUACCCAGCAAAGCAUCCGCCAAGUACCUCGCAAAGAAAUUCAACAAGACCGAGCAGUACAUAGCCGAUAACAUUCUGGUUCUGGAUAUCUUCUUUGAAGCUCUGAACUAUGAAACCAUUGAACAAAAGAAAGCCUACGAAUUGGCAGGCCUCCUGGGUGAUAUUGGAGGCCAGAUGGGUCUCUUCAUCGGAGCCAGCAUCCUCACUAUACUUGAACUCUUUGACUAUCUAUAUGAGGUGAUCAAGUACAAGCUGUGCCGAUGCGUGAAGAAGAAACACAAAGGCCGCAACAACAGUGACCGGGGAGCUGUGCUGAGCCUGGAUGAUGUGAAGCGUCAUGCUCCUUGCGAGAACCUGCGUACGCCAUCAACGUAUCCUGGCAACAUGCUACCUCAUCACCCGGGCCAGGCCAACUUUGAAGACUUCACUUGCUGA